CACUACGAGGCCGCGCUGGCUGCCGGCGUCCGAGCCGACGCGCUGCGCCCGCGCUGGGACUUCCCUGGCGCUUUCUACUUCGUGGGCACCGUGGUAUCGACCAUAGGUUUUGGCAUGACCACUCCCGCGACGGUGGGCGGGAAGGCCUUCCUCAUCGCCUAUGGGCUGUUUGGCUGCGCCGGGACCAUCCUGUUCUUCAACCUCUUCCUGGAGCGCAUCAUCUCGCUGCUGGCCUUCAUCAUGCGCGCCUGCAGGGAGCGCCAGCUGCGACGCAGCGGCCUGCUGCCGGCCACCUUCCGCCGAGGCUCGGCGCUCUCGGAGGCCGACUGCCUGGCGGGCUGGAAGCCCUCGGUGUACCACGUGCUGCUGAUCCUGGGCCUGUUCGCCGUGCUGCUGUCGUGCUGCGCCUCGGCCAUGUACACCAGCGUGGAGGGCUGGGACUACGUGGACUCGCUCUACUUCUGCUUCGUCACCUUCAGCACCAUCGGCUUCGGGGACUUGGUGAGCAGCCAGCACGCCGCCUACCGGAACCAGGGGCUCUACCGCCUGGGCAACUUCCUCUUCAUCCUGCUCGGCGUGUGCUGCAUCUACUCGCUCUUCAACGUCAUCUCCAUCCUCAUCAAGCAGGUGCUCAACUGGAUGCUGCGCAAGCUGAGCUGCCGCUGCUGCGCGCGCUGCUGCCCGGCGCCCGGCGCGCCCCUGUCCCGGCGCAACGCCAUCACCCCGGGCUCCCGGCUGCGCCGUCGCCUGGCCGCGCUCGGCGCCGACCCCGCGGCCCGCGACAGCGACGCCGAGGGCCGCCGCCUGUCGGGCGAGCUCAUCUCCAUGCGCGACCUCACGGCCUCCAACAAGGUGUCCCUGGCGCUGCUGCAGAAGCAGCUGUCCGAGACGGCCAACGGCUACCCGCGCAGCGUGUGCGUCAACACGCGCCAGAACGGCUUCUCGGGCGGCGUGGGCGCGCUGGGCAUCAUGAACAACAGGCUGGCCGAGACCAGCGCCUCCAGGUAGACCGCGCGGCCGCGCCACGGACCCUCCGCGGGCUGGCGUGCUGCCGGCUGUGGUUUGCUUUCCUUCUCAGACGCUGGCGCUUUCUUAAUCUUUAUCCAAUAAAAUCAAACCAAAAAAAAAUUUUUUUUAAAGAAA